ACUUCAACGAACAGGUCAAAUCGACUUUGUUGUUUGACCCCAUCAUUCAGCCUUGCAACGUUGCAACGCAGCUCGCGAGCCGGUUGUCGUGUCUUUGUGUGCCCGUCUCUUUGUCUUCUGCUUGGUUUUAUUACUGUAUCGCCAGAAGUUAGUUCUCUGAUCUGUACUACCCGCAUGUUCUUGUGGAUCAGCCUGAAAACAUUCUCUCCCCUGUGUACUAAAAUCUAAAUUGUCGUGCGCCUGGAAAAUGUUCGUGCCGAAGCUGACCAGUGGAGAUGAUUUCCAAGGCGCUUGGGAGCCGGCCACGGCCACCCUGGACUGGUGCGAGUCGAACUACGUGUGGAAUUUCUACGUGGCCGAGUGGUGGAACACGCUCUCCAAUCUGCUGAUGAUUCUGUUCGGCCUGCAUGGCGCCGUCAGGGUGUACCGCAGCGGCGGCGAGCAGAGGUUCUUCUGGUCGUUCCUGGGCCUGUUCGUGGUGGGCCUCGGCUCGUGGCUGUUCCACAUGACGCUGACGUACCCGAUGCAGCUGGUGGACGAGCUGAGCAUGCUGUACGUGACGAGCACAUUGAUUUACUGCGCCGUCGAGAUCAAAUCCGACACGGCCAAGCCCAACUACCUGCUCGCGGCGGGUCUGAUGGUGAUGACGUCACUGGUGUGCGCGUUCUACAUCCUGAUCGGUCACCCGGUGUUCCACCAGGUGGUGUACGUGGUCAUGGUGGUGGUGCUGGUGGUGAAAACGGUGCAGACGCUCGUUGAGUACCCGCGCUACUGGCGCAUGUUUGCGUUCGGCCUGGCCGUGUACCUGCUGGGCAUGGCGGUGUGGAAGGUGGACGUGCACCUGUGCGCCGCGCUGCGCGACCUGCGGGCCACCGGGCCCGGGUCAUUUGCCCCCGUCCUGCUGGAGUUCCACGCGUGGUGGCACCUGCUGGCCGGGCUGGGCACGUACAUACACAUUGUGAUCAUGGCGGCCACGCGCUCCGACGUGAUGCGCUCCAAUCCGCGCCUCGACGUCGGCUUUGUGAUGGGCUUCAUCCCGCUGCUCGUGUCGCGCCCCGCCAGUAAGCAGGUCUAGGCAGCAGCCAGCGAUCUGCAGUGCGCUGUACGGCCAGUGCUGUCACAUGCCACCUUGCCAUGCGACUUGAGCAGCCCCCUUCAGUACGUGUUGAGGUAAGAGCGAUGAUGUCAUCAUGAUGUCAUGAUGGUUGUGGGUCUGCUAGGUAUGGUGGAGAUGUGUACGGCAGCUUUGUCUGCGCUGCUCAUUUCAAGAAAGCUAUCACAUGCACUCGUGCACCGGGAACGGUGUUGGUGCUGUGGCAUAUCGCCUGCAGCACGCACACACAUACGCACGCGCGCACACACACACACACACACACACACACACACCGUUACGUAUUGCACUCGCAGGGCAUUAACCAGUAGCUUUACGGAACAGCUUUAUUUAUUCAUGUUGUGCACGACCGGGAUCUGCUGCGGGGAGAUUGUGUCGACCUGCUCCGCGAUUUCGAACCGACAAGUUGAUCCUUUGCGUGCGACUCUGACCACCAUAUUACAAUAUCUCCGUAUCUACCUGCAUUUGAAUUUUACGCUUUGAAGCUUUUGAAGACAAAUAAUUUAUGUCGAAUGCUUCUUUCCCCCCCCCCCCCCCUAAUUUUUUCAAGUAUGACUGGCGUUGUCAUUGCACGACCCGGUAUGGUCGCAUUUUAUCUCCCCCCCCCCCCUCCCCUCUAACCCGUACCCUGCACCUCAGGUGGUAUUCAAAAUUGUUUAUGCAAAAUCGUACCCGCCGUCAUGGCGAUUAUUCAAACACGCGCUCGCACGGCGAACAGAACCAGUUUAGAAACUAUCUUGUUCAAUUACUUCAUAAAUUAUUAAUCACAUAAUUAUUACCCGACAGAUUCUCGCAUCGACCAAUAUCAUCAUUCUUUUUUAGUUCAAACAAAUUUACAAUUUUUUUUCUCUUCGGCUAUAGACGAAUGAUUACCCGCAUCACAGGACCUACCUUAUUAGGAGGUUUAGGCUUUUCAAAAAUUCUUGAGCAGAUUCUGUCUGUAUUAGGAUGGGCAUUUUUUGAGUUCUGCAUUUCCACACAAGGUUUCUCAGUGUGUAACAUUAUUACUGUCAAAGUCAGAGUUCAUCGGACGUGCAUUUUAUUUAUUUCCGAUUUUAUUUCUUGUCCUGCAAUUCUAUUUAUUCCUUCCACUA